AUGAAAUGUUCGACAGUUGAAAUUGAUGAUGAUGACACUCUACUUGAAAAUCGAGAUGGCUCCAUUAUACAGCGUACCAAUUGCUGCUUACAACACUAGUCGAACCAUAUUCAAAUGAUGCCCAAAUACAUAUCACUCAAAGAAAUGUAGAUAGUGAAGAUGAAGGUUCCCAAACUGACUCUUUGGAUGAAUAAAUUGGAUAGGCCAUUCCUUCUCUUGUUAAUUCCAUUCUUGAGAUGAUGCUCAAAUAACAACUUACAAUUCUCAUAAUCGUAAUCCUUCAUGCCAUUCUAAAUACUAUCUUUACAUUUUUGGGUGUUUGUUUUAGACAAGAUACAAUCAAUAAAUUACAAACAUUAUUGGAUUCCCAAGAGCGAGCUGAGUAAUUAUAUUGGUUUCUAACUAUAAUUGACAUUGUUAGUUGCCUCAUCUUCUAUUAUUUAGCAAUAUCAGCUUAUAGAACUAAAUCCUAUUUGAUGUAUCAAUUAUUACUCAAAUGGGUAUAUUAUUGUUUCUUUAUUUAAGUUUUCUUAGCCUACAUUAAUAAGUAUAUAUAUAUCACAUUUAUUAUUAUUAGAUUGAACAUUUUAUUGGUAUUUCUGAAGAUAUUAACAUACAUAUACUCUAAAUUUGUAGCUCAAUUAAUAAAAGGAAUUGUGAAUCUUCCUAGAUAGAGAGCAGAUUGA